GCGCUCGACUUGCCGAGUGUAGAGCAUCCGUCAUUCUGCUUGGCACAUCGUCUCUGAAAGCUACGACCAUCAUUCAUCACGACGGACCAGUCCUACUAGAUAUUUACUCGAUCCUCACUGCUCUUCCCUACUCUACCCGUCAACAUGUCAUCCCCACCUUCUCUAGAGAAGCUCAAAAUAUCUGAAAAUACCGCCCCUGCCAUCCCCUCCACUCUUCCAGGUAGCUCUCAGCGUCCUCCCUCUCCAUCCCCUACACCCGGUACAGAGACCGCAGAUCCCCUAGAUCAAGCCAGCAACUCGGAUGGUAAACGGCCUGAAGAUACGCCCCCUUACACACCGGCUGCGGAAAUUCCUCCCAUUGAUUCGUCAUCACAAUCCUCAUCAACAUCGGCAGCUGAAACAACGACACCUAUAUCUAAUGGACUGCUCAAAUCGUCUGCAGCACCCACCUCCGUUCCCGCUCCAUCAUUCAGACCACCUCCUGCGUCCGCUGGGUCCAGUGCCUCCCCACGACCAGGAAUUCCUCGUGGUGGAAUGACUGGACCCAUGGGCAUGAGGGCAGCCAUGGGCAGAGGAGGAUCAACGAUGCAGGCUCGAAUCCCCGCGAGUUUACAGGCUAAAAUGGACGCAGUCGUUGCAUCUCGAGCGCAAGCACCUCCUCAAGCCUUGCCUGGCGGUCCAAACCCCAAUGCAACCUCCAUGUCUGCCUUGCUCCGAUCUCAAGCUUUGGGGGGCGGGAAGAAUCCGGUCGGUCCCAACGCUGGUCCCUUAGGUCUUGCUGCUCGUCGCGCCGCCGGUGGCCCAUCAUUCAGGCCCUCGCUUGGAGCUAUGGGUGCGCCAACACGUGGGCUAGGACGUUCACCUGCUGGUCCUGGUGGCGUUGCGGGACGUCGGGGACCUCCCGGAGGGUUGACCUUGAGCGGAAUGAAAGGUGGUCCAGAGAAGAGCGACAGCAAAUUCUCAGACUUUGGGCAGAUUAUGUGAGUUGUGCUCUUCCUUACCUUGCCGAGGUCGUCUCACCCGCCUCUUCAGGGAUCCCUCGGGUUCUUUAAAAUUCUCUAAAAAGGCAGUAUUGCAUUCGCACGGGGUGGACUUUGAGGAUGGCAAGAGUUUCAAGAUCAAUAUGGAUGAGAUCGAAGUGAUCGGAGAAGUUGGUCGAGGAAACUAUGGUUCGGUGCAACAGGUGUAUCAUCGACCUACAGGCGUGACAAUGGC